AUGGACCAGUACACCGUCAAGUACGUUAAAUUCCAAAAGGUUAUUACUCAUCGCCUGUGCAAUUCAAUGUUUGUACCAGAAAGUUCUUCAGAGGUAUUUGUAAAAAACCUACCGACGGUGGUUCGCGAGGAGGACUUGUUGAAAUUCUUCCAAACCGUCGGGGACGUGUAUAAAAUUCGAAUUAUGAUGGACAACAACCUGCUGUAUACAAGGGGCUUCUGUUACGUUACCUACGUGGACCCGUCUAUGGCCAAAAGGGCCGUGAGAGAGCUGAACAAUGUUCAAUACGAACUGAACCAUUAUUUGCUCAUAGAAAGUUCGUUGAACAAUUGCAGGAUUUUCAUGGGCGGAAUUCCCACGAACAAAACCAAGGACGCUGUGUGGCAGGAGCUGAUCAAUCAUGGCGUACCGAAUAUCAUAGACGUUAUUAUGUACAGGAGUUACACGGAACGCGCGCAAAAUAGAGGGUUUGUUUUCGUGGAAUUUCAAACCCACGAACAGGCGGCUUAUUUCCGAGCCAAAUACUCAAACGUCCUGAAAUUGUGGAACCGAUCGGUUAUAAUCGAUUGGUCUGUUCCCAUGUCGGAAGUGGACGAGACCGUUCUAAACGAAGUAAAAAUUGUUUACAUGAAGAACCUCGACGUUUCCAUCACACCGGAGCAAUUCAGAAAUAUGAUUCACACGUUCGUUCAUGAAGAUCAUGUCGAAAAGAUCUAUAAAUUUAAAAACUACGCUUUCGUACAUCUGAGGAGCAGACAUCUGGCCGAAAAUUUAAUGAAAAGACUACAAGAUUAUUACAAAGGAACUUCCAUCGAAAUCGAGUGGGCCAAACCUCGUUCACAAUACACAACUCCUGAGUACAGACAACUCAAAGUGAAAAGCUUGUCCCAAAGCCGCUCCAGGAACAGUUCCUCCUCGUCCACAAUAUCCCUACCAGAUGAACUAUGGAGAACGCCGAGUCCUCGAGUAUACACCCCGUCGCCGUCGCCCGAAUCCUCGUGCUUCACUUUUACGCGUCCGCAAGAAGCUCCUGAGAGGCCAAAUUUCAAUAUCCCUAAAGCCACUCCUAGGGAGUUCUACAACCCUCAACCUUCUGAAAGGGUAGCAGGACCAUGCACGUCACCACAGAACGUGCAGUCAGCAGGACCAUGGAAGAACCCGCCAGCACCCCACCAGUACUUCCUAGAACAUUCCUACUCCUACUCCGCAACAUUUGCAGUAGGAAAAGAACGACAAACCAUCCUAAUUCCGACCUUGAAACCACCGCUUUCGAUUCCCCUCUCUCGCACGCUUCAAAAAUAUUUCAUAACUUAUUUCGCAACCGAUCACCGCGGCGCCGUUAGAAAAUAUCAUAUCAGAAACGAGAAUUCCAUCGGCGAUAUAGGCAACAUGGCCGAUCCGAGCACCCUCUUCGACCUGACCCUGCACAAGAUGGUGUGCAACAAGGGCGACUUCUCCGCCCUCUACGACAUCACCCACGUCAACGGGCAGCUGAUAGCCACCUUCAAGCGGGCCAGCCACGGCAGGCGCGGCACCGAGGUGUUCGUCAAGAACCUCGAGCCCGACGUGCUGCUGCAGGAGAUCUUCGAGUUCGUCCUGCCGCUGGGCGAGGUCUACCAGAUCCGGCUGCUGCUCGAGUUCAGCGGCUACUGCCGGGGGUACUGCUACGUGAAUUUCUUCGAGGUGGAGUCGGCGAGGAAGGCGAUGAUGGUGCUGUGCGGCAGGAAGAUCAGGGGCUCGAGCGUGGUGGUGAAGAUGUCGUUCGAUAAUAAUCGGCUGGAGAUCGCCGACGUGCCGAAGGAUCGGUCGGUGCAGGAGAUUUUUCAGGAGCUGUCGAAGGUGAUCGGUAGCGGGCUGCAGGAGGUGUUCUUCGUCAAUUCCAGGACGGAUAAGCAUUGCAGGAAUUGCAUUUUGGUGUAUAAUACGCACAAGAACGCGCUGGAGGCGAGGAAGAAAAUGUUCAAUGGGUUUAGUUUGUUUGAAGAACUGUAUGAAGAAAUAAUAAAAAUCAUUAAACCGAAGCACAUUUUGAACAUAUUUCUGCAAUCGGGGAUCGGACACAUAACGUUCGAAAACGAAACAGUCGCCUACAAUUCCUUCAAGCUGUUAGAAAAAUAUGAAAUUUCCGGCGUUCGCAUGAAGCUCUCUUUUACCAAAUUUUACGAGAAAUUACCGAACUUCGAUAACUCCACAUCAAUCAGCGAGUCAUCAGAUUAUUCCGGCAAUCAGUUCACAGAAGAAUCUACCAACGAUUUACCAAAUCCCAGAAGAUGCGAAAGCGUAAAUAUUCCACAAAACACCCACAUAAACUUCACUAAACAAUUCUUUUUCCAGAAUUUCGACGACUAUCCAGACUCAACCUCAGCAAACUCGUACAAUCCCAACACCGUUCCCGUCGCACCUCUCGUCAGCUGGCAACAGCCUGUAAUGCGAAACUUGUCUAGCACUCCUGCAAUCACGGUGCACCAAGAUGCGCCCAGGCAGAUCAUUGGCAGAAAUUCCGCCCCUACAAUUAACGCUCCCGAGAUGUAUCAAAUUUGCGGUGUGCCAUACUCGGCGUCGAAUGAACCUUGGAUGAAUCAAUACUAUCGGCAGAAUCAAUUUGUUGAGCAACCGAUCAGGAUGAUCCACAUGAACUCCAAUCUGUACCCAGUACCGGUGAGUUUUAUCCAAAUGACUCAAGAUUUUUGCCAACAUUUCUACUACCAACCUUAA